GCCCGCCUCGCCGCCCGCCCCGCGCCCACCCCCUGUCGCCCACGCCUUCCCCCGCGCCGCCCCCUCUGCAUGGCACAAACUUUCCUCCCGGGACGGAACACGCUGUCUCCGGGAGCCCCAGCGCGCGCCCUCUCGCCGGCUGGCCCCAAGCGCUGCUGAGAUGGGGUGCGGGUUGAACAAGCUGGAGAAACGUGACGACCGACGACCUGGAAAUAUCUACUCGACGUUGAAGAGGCCCCAAGUGGAGACCAAGAUAGAUGUGUCCUACGAGUACCGCUUCCUGGAGUUCACCACGCUGAGUGCCGCUGAGCUCCCGAGGGCCUCCGCCGUGAGGCUGGCCUCCCUCCUCGACCUGCCCGCCCAGCUGCUGGAGCUGUACCAGCAGGGCUUCUCGCUGGCGGCCCUGCACCCCUUCGUGCAGCCGACCCCCGAGAGGGAGAAGACGCCCCUCGAGCACAUCUUCAGGGCCAUCUUGAUCAAGAAGACCGACAGAUCUCAGAACGCUGAUCUUCACAAUGAAGGCUACAUCUUGGAAUUAGAUUGCUGUUCUUCCCUAGACCACCUGACGGACCAGAAAAUCCUCCCAGAGUUCAUUAAGAAGAUCCAGGAGGCUGCGAGUCGUGGCCUGAAGUUCGUCGGGGUCGUGCCUCAGUACCGCUGCCCUGGGAGCCCGACGGGCGGCUGCCCCCCAGCAGAUGCCCAGGACGCGACACGGGAGCCUGGCGGUCGUGGGGCUGCGGAGGAGCUGGGGGCUGCAGACGCUGCAGCGGGGACCGACGGAAGCCCAGAGCCUGGCCAGGACCCCCGAGGGGAGACGCCCACCGCCCAGCAGCCCAGCUUGCUCCCGGGAGAGGCGGACAGUGCAGGGUCUCCUGCUCGAGGGACUCGGGAGGGACCAGAUGCUGAUCUGCCAUCGGAAGGGCCUGGAGAGCCGCCCGCGGCCAAAAUGGAGAUCUUCGCCCUUUUCAACAAACCGAAGAGCCAUCAGAAGUGCCGGCAGUACUACCCCGUCAGCAUUCCUCUCCGGGUCUCCAAGAACGGCCAGACGGUCAGCGGUCUGGACGCCAACUGGCUGGAGCACAUGAGCGACCACUUCCGGAAGGGCGGCGUCCUGGUGAACGCGGUCUCCUGGCUUGGCUUGGUCCACGAUUCCUUGCACGACUUGACAGAUGGAGUCUUCAUCUUUGAAGCAGUUUCCACAGAAGACAGCAGAAACACACAGGGCUACGAUGCUAUUGUAGUAGAACAAUGGACGGUUCUGGACGGUGUGGAGGUGCAGACGGACUACGUGCCCCUGCUGAACUCGCUGGCUGCCUACGGCUGGCAGCUCACCUGUGUGCUGCCGACCCCCGUCGUCAGGACGACCAGGGAGGGGACCGUGUCCACCAAGCAGGUCGUCUUUCUCCAGAGACCGUGUCUACCUCAGAAGGUCAAGAAGAAGGAAUCGAAGUUUCAGUGGCGAUUCUCCCGAGACGAGAUGCGUAACAGGCCGACGAGGAAAUCCAGAGGGAAACUCCGUGCCAGGGGCAAGCGGCAAGCCGAAGAAAGCGAGAAGAACCCAGAAGAGCAGCUUCCCAGAGCGGGAGACGCGGGGAGCCGUGCGCCCGGGCGGGAGGACUGGCCCUCCGCGGAAGGGGCGGCCCCCAGCUGGGCGGAGGACCCCGCGGAGAAGCCGUGUCCGGACGGACAGCCGUGUGUGGAGGGCGGGGCUGUGCAGAACGGCCCUGCGGGCCCCAGCCCGGCCCCGGUGGGGGGCAGCGCGGGGCGCCCCGGCUCCGAGCCUGGAGAGGAUGCCGGCGCGGGGGUUUCCGCGGGGGUGGCUCCGGGGCCCGCGGCAGCCGAGCGCCCCUGAGUCUCGCGGGGCCGGCGGGCUGGGGGCUUGUGCGCCCUGGCGUGGCGCGUUACCUUUGGCUUGGCGUGACCCCUCGUGGUGAGCUUAAUGAGCCCUCCGAGGAGGGCCGGGUCCCCAGCAGCGUUGGUUUCUGCACAUCCUUUUGAAAUGUGUCCUGGGAGUCCAGCCCUGACUGUUACCGCUCCUGGAGGGGCUGCACCACUUAAGGUCUCCAGGGAGCCUCAGGCCAAACCCCGGGGCCUGCCUGGCUGCCAGUCAAGGCGGACGUGGUCGCCGCCCCCAGCCCCCGCCCCGAGAUGGGCGUCCAGCCCCUGCUGUCGCUGCAGCUGCUGGGUGCUUGUAACACGCCCUGGAGCCCGGCCACUGCUUUCCUCUGUCUAACCCCUGGACCCUGCUGCUUUGGCAAAGAACGUGACAUUGCGAGGGGAGGUGCCUUGCCUCCUGGCUUUUCUCUAGGUGUUCCCAUGGAUACUGGUGAUCUGGAAACGCAGAGGGAAUUCUGUGCGUGUACCCACUUCGGCAGAAUGUCCGUGAAAGUAUUCUGUGUUCGUAUUAAUGCCAAAAAAACAUUUAAGGUUUUGUCUUCAGCACACUCUAGGAAUACACCUUCGUUCUGUUGUUUCAGGGCCAGCUGACUGGUGGGGAGCCUCUGUUGCGUGUUACUGUAAUCAGCGUGUCCUUGGCCAGGUCGCUUCCCACGCGUGUUAUGAUGUGUUUAUGUCGUCCAGAAAAUACUGUGGAGGCUCUAAGUAGAUGCAGCUGCAAAGCCUGGAGAGAGAGUGCCAACUGACGUGCCCAGCAGCUUGUCUCUCCUCUUUCUUGUUUAGUUACUUAAAGCAAUAAAUCACCUAUGAGUUCA